CUACUCCUACCCCAUACUUAUAAUUCUACCUCUGUCCCGACGUCGACGUUCAGUGUCAGAGCGUCAACGACAACGACAACAACAACGGCAACAAGAACCAGCACCAGAACAAGAACAAGAACGAGCAUAGGAAAUGGCCAAAUUAGUGACUUAUAUCUUCAUCGUUAGCUCGCUGAUACUCUGGUAUCUGCUGCUGUUCGGUACGGGUGGUGGAGGGUCUAGCAGUGGCGGUGGUCUGGGCAUCAGCAGUCUUGGCGUUGAGGCCACCAAUGGUCAUGGUAGUCAACUGGAAGGACGUGAUUUUCAUCACCAUGGCGGCAGUCAUCACAUAAGGCGCAACAUCAAUCACUGCUGGCGCCGCUACGAUGGCUACAAUCUGCAGAACACGAUUGUCAAUAAGAAGGAGCAGCUGAAGAAACCGUAUGGAAUUUUGUGCAACUUCAAGUGCACUUGGUUCUUUACAAUAAGUUUUCCCACGUGCGAGUUCAUCUACGAUUAUAAGUUGUCCUGCGUGCUGUUCACUUCACUGCCCGAUUGCACGAACGUCAAGUGCACGCUGUUGAACUAUUUUAGCUAG